AUGGACAAUGGGAAUUGACGGGGAGACAAAAUGUCAAAAUGCAGAUUUGAGCUUUAAGGUAUGGGCUUUUACUAACAUAUAUAAGAGCCAGAGUGUUUGACUUGCAGAAUUGAAAUGUCUAUAAAAUGGAGAUCAGGUUUUCAGAUUUAUUAAAUUUCACUUGUAUAAACACAACACUAAUUUUUGUAAUAUCUCAUGUCCUAAGUAAAUGAGGAGCAAACCACGCCCAAUGGUCCUAGAGAAAAUUGUGAAAAUUUUAUACAACUGCAUACAAAAUCUAGAUUUUAUUCAAAUUAUAUUUAAAAUACUUGAACUAUGAAUUGUUAAGAUGAUAUAAACGUUUUUUUCAUCUCCGGUUCAAUAUUAUCAGUGUUAAAUUUGGGCGCUACAGAAAUGUGUGUAAUAUAUGGAGGUAACUAAUUUUGUUCGCCUUUUUCACAUCAAGUUGUGUAAAAGGACUUAAUCCUAUGUGCAGGGAGUAUAGGGGGUAUAUACUUUUCAUUAUGCGACCCAUUGGAAUAAAGAUUUUCUGAAUGCGACCCCUAGACCACCCUCUCGUCCUCACCUAAGCUAUUUGUGAAUAUUUUCCCGCUUUAUAUCCGUUUGAAUUUCUGUCUGUCAUAUUCGUUUAAAAAAUAAAUUUGUGGUAUUUUAUACAAUAAUUUCGUAUUUCAGAAAUUUAUAGAAUCUCAUUAUAAUAGAUCAUGGAAAUAUUCUCUAUUGAAAUAAUCAUUGGAUUGGUGAUAGGUACUUUGAUGUAUCUGGCUUAUAAAUCAAUCAUUAGGCCAGCAAAUUUUCCUCCGGGACCAAUUGGAAUUCCGAUUCUCGGUAGUUUACAAUUACUGAAGGUAUAUCCAGAACGAGAUAUGUUGAAACUGUCAAAAACAUAUGGAAAUUUAUUUAGUUUGAAAACUGCAGCAAAGAAUUAUGUUUGCGUUUGUGGAACUGAUGCUAACAAAGAAGUUUUAAACCACAAGAACAUUGUGGAUCGGCCCGCGACGUAUGUGUUUUACAUGAUAAAAGGUAAUCAACCUAGAGGUAUUGUGCACAGCAAUUUCACUGAGUGGCUCAAGGCAAACCGUGCCCUGAUGCAUACAGUACUUACCGAUUCUGUCGAUGAAAUUGUUGACACACAAACAACGAACAUGAUGAACGAACUGGAAGAAUAUUUUGGAAAUGGUGAGCCCAGUUAUAUCGGUAACGUUAUUUUUGCGUCUUUUGUUACAACGGUCGUAGAUGUGCUUUUUGGAAGUAAAACUGUUCGAACGAAAGAAGAAAAAGACAGAAUUGAAGAAAUUGUACGGAGCGUAGUCACGCUCAAAGAAGCGUUUGCUGGAAAAUUAUUUAUGAUUCCUCAACUAAUUCCUGGUUUACACAAUAUAUGGAUUCCUGAGUCUGCAAAGAAAUGCUUGGAAAUAAGUGAUACCAUUUUUAAAUAUUGUGCAGAACAGGUUGAGGCUCAUAAAUCCAGAAUGGAUACAGAAAAAACAAAAAAUCUCGUUGGCCUGUACCUGGAUAAAAUGAACGAAGAAAAAGAUGUGCAAAAUACCGUCUUCACACAAGAUAAUUUCCGCAUUCUGUUAUACGAUAUCUUUGUAGCGGGAACAGAAAACUCCUCAAGGACUAUGGAAUUUGCAUCGUUAUACUUAGCUGCCCAUCCAGAUGUACAAAGAAAAAUCCACAAAGAAAUUAUCGAGGUUCUCGGGAAAAAUGGAAAAGUACAAUACCAAGACAGAUUGAAAAUGCAUUACACAAUCGCAACAGCUUUUGAAAUUUUGAGAUUUUCCUCAUUGACUCCGACCGGUGUUCCCCGUAGAGCAAUGCAAGACGUCACAUUGAACGGAUAUUUUAUCCCUAAAGGCACCAUUUUUCUAAUGAAUCCGUGGUCUUCAAAUACUCAAGAUGAUAGAUGGAAGAAUCCGGACAACUUCGAUCCAGAAAACUUUUUAGACGAGGAUGGAAAAUUUGCUAUGAAUGAUGCAUUCAUGGGUUUCGGUGGAGGAUUGCGUAAAUGCAUUGGUGCGCCUUUAAUCAAGACAGAACUCUUUGUGUUUUUGGUCAAAUUGGUCCAGAAAUUUCAUAUCAAGCCUGAAACUGACGACACAAAAAUUGAUUACGAGCCACUUGGGGGAGUUAUUCACACCCCGAAGCCACAGAAACUUCGACUGCAGCUCAGAUAGAUUGACGACCACUCUGACAAAGUUUAACUAUUUAGCGAGCACAUAGGGAUUGCAAGUCAGUUCGGACAAUUGUUUUAUUCGGAGGUAUCCGCUCUAUCACUUGUUUUGGCGUCAUAGGAAGAAGCUACAAUUGACCAGCCAGCAGUUUACCAUUGUAAAUGGAUCGAAAUUGCUUCAAUAUCGCAAACGUUUUUUUUUUUUAUUGCUUUUACGCUUUGCAUAUGAAAUAUAUUAAGUAAUUUCGUUUUGAAAAGAUUGUUGUUUUAUUGAAACUGAUACGUAGUCUUAGCUCGAGUAGAAAUUUAUGAAAACAAGAAAGUAGUGAUAGCAGUAGAGAAUUAAUAGUUCACAAAACUGUGGUGUCAAAGCCUUUUGAGGGCACAUUUCCGCUCCAGUAAUAUAUAUAUUAAAACAUAUUUUAGAAUUUUCCUUUAAAUUGUGAACGUAAAAUCAAACGAGCUAUAUGUUUAAACUCUUGGAAACGAACGUGGUGCCGUAUCAGUGUCAUCAGAUGUGGUCGUUGAUAAGUUGUAUAUUAAUUUGUGCUCGGUUUUUGUCUACUUUUUCCAGAGUGUAAGUGAAAGCGAUAAAAUUAAACCAAGGCAAAUUAGCUUUACAUAUUAAAAAGUGGAAUUUUAUGUCAUUGUUGAGAAAGUAAAAUUACUGUAUGUUACGUUAAUAUGUUAUACACUUGUAAUUUCAGUUGAUUUGCUACUUUAGAUUUAUGUUUUUGAAACCAAUAAAAAAACGAACUAACGCCUAA